UGGCGGCUGGCGUUCAUCAGUGUUUGUUGUUUGUCUAACGAUAUUUGCUCCAAUUUGUUAUUUUUUUGUUAUUGGAGUCGAUUUCGAGGACUCAGGGAGUGACAAUGUCGAAGGCUAAAGUUCCAGCGGAGUGGAAGAAGCGGGUGAAAUUGGAGUACGUGAAGUUGAGGGAGAAGAAGAGGGAUAAGCGAGCGGAUGAGGUUAAAAUCGCGUGGAACCAGAACCGGAAAGUUAUGACGGAGCUUCUCGUUACCGAGCAAAAGCGAUGGGCCGACGGCAAGGCCAUGUGGCUGGCAAUGCAGGAUGUUCCGGCCCACGUAUCCUGCAUGAAGAAGGGAGAGGUCACGAGCUCGGACGGAGAUGCCCAGAGCUUCCCUGUAAAAAUCAUCAAUGCUGUCACUCCAAUUCCCACGAUGUACACGUGGGCACCGAUACAGCAGAAUUUCAUGGUCGAGGAUGAGACUGUCCUGCAUAACAUACCGUAUAUGGGAGAUGAAAUACUGGAUCAGGAUGGGACGUUCAUUGAGGAGCUCAUUAAGAAUUACGAUGGAAAGGUUCAUGGAGACAGAGAAUCUGGUUUUAUGGAUGACCAAUUGUUCGUCGAUCUCGUGAAUGAGCUAGUGAAAUACGAGAAAGACGACAAGGAGAAGGAAGCCCCGAGGAGAACGAGGGACGAUAAGGAGAAGAAAGAGACCGAUGUAAGGCCAGAAAAGUCAGAUGAGGGAAAGGAUGACAAAGACACUCCACGUUUCCCCUCCAUGCAGGUCUUCAAUGCCAUCUCGAGUCAGUUCUCUGACAAAGGGCGGCCAGAGGAGCUUCGCGAAAAGUACAUCGAGCUAACAGAGAGGUCUGAUCCCAAUGUACUGCCUCCUGAGUGCACUCCAAACAUCGACGGAGUGAAUGCUAAGAAUGUACCCAGGGAACAGACGAUGCACUCUUUUCAUACUUUGUUCUGCAGGAGAUGCUUCAAAUAUGACUGUUUUCUGCAUCCAGCCAGGGGAACGUCACCGCAAGGGCUUCAAGUUUGUCAUCCUGGGCCGAAUCUGCAGAAGAGGAAGGGGCCUGAUCUCAAACCAUUUUCGGAUCCCUGCGGCACUGAAUGUUACAUGCAUCUGGAAGGAAUGAAGGAGAAAUUGGCAGCUCAGGCAGCUGACAAUAAGGACGAGGAGGGGGAUGAUAAACGCCCUCGUAAAGUUCGUAAACAAGCGAGUGUAGAUUCUGGUAAUGAAGCGAGCAGUGAGGACAGCAAUGACAGCAACAAGUACAGCCAGGGUGGUAGCUGUCAAGACUUCAAACAAAACGUGAAUCAAGACUCAAAACCCGAGGAAAUGGAGGAAGAGCAGGCCCAGCCUGAUCACCAGAGUCCCUUUACCCUCCUGGGUCUCGACAAACGCGUGAAAACUGAGAGCGAAUACUCCUGGACAGGCUCUGAACAGAGCCUCUUCCGAAUCCUCCACAAAGCAUUCCCAGGUAACCCCUGCGCCCUCGCGCAAAUAAUGCUGACUAAAACCUGCCAGGAGGUGUACGAAUUCGCUCAGAAGGAGGAGCACGACAUUCCAGCAAUCGAGAGCAUGAAGGACUUCACUCCACCCAGGAAGAAGAAGAAGAAGCAUCGUCUCUGGUCUAUGCACUGCAGAAAAAUUCAACUGAAGAAGGAUUCAGGUGCCAAUCACGUUCACAAUUUCGCCCCCUGCGAUCACCCAGGCAGAGCUUGUGACAAUUCUUGUCCCUGCAUUCAGGCCCAGAAUUUCUGCGAAAAAUUCUGUCAAUGCAGCACCGAAUGCCAGAAUAGAUUUCCUGGAUGUCGAUGCAAGGCACAAUGCAACACAAAACAAUGUCCCUGUUAUCUGGCUGUCAGAGAGUGUGAUCCAGACUUGUGUCAAACUUGUGGGGCUGAUCAGUUUCAUAUAACAAAAAUUUCAUGCAAAAACGUCAGUGUUCAGAGGGGACUGCACAAGCACCUGCUCAUGGCACCCUCAGACGUCGCUGGAUGGGGCAUUUUCCUGAAGGAAUCAGCUGCCAAGAAUGAAUUCAUAUCCGAGUACUGCGGUGAAAUCAUCAGUCAGGACGAGGCUGACAGGAGGGGAAAGGUUUAUGACAAGUACAUGUGCAGUUUUCUGUUCAAUCUUAAUAACGAUUUUGUCGUUGAUGCCACGAGGAAGGGGAAUAAAAUACGAUUCGCCAAUCACUCGAUCAAUCCUAAUUGCUAUGCAAAGGUAAUGAUGGUUAAUGGAGAUCACAGGAUUGGCAUUUUUGCCAAACGGGCGAUUCAGCCUGGCGAAGAGUUGUUUUUCGAUUACAGAUAUGGACCGACCGAACAGCUGAAGUUCGUCGGGAUCGAGCGUGAGAUGGAGUUCCUCUGAAUGGAAUAAUCAAAGCACACAUACCUUCAUCCGAUACUGUAAAUACCCAUUAUUCACUCAAUCAACGAUAGCCUUCAAUUACCUAUUUGUCAGUCCAUGAACCUCGAAAGUUCCGACAACAUAUUUUAUCUUAUAUUCCUUUUUCAUACGAGAAUAAAGAACAAAUGGAUUACA